CAAUACUAAUUAUGAUUCAUCAUUCUUAUCGAAAAAAUUAAAUAAAAUAAAAUCAAUGUCGACGAAUUCUUCUCUUGUCUUUGCAUUCUUUGUUGUCUUAAUUUCAUCUGUUGAUGGAAGGAGAAUCUUGUCGAAAGAUUUAAAUGGCGAAGCGAUUGAUCCUUCCAAUGUUACCGCAGCUUCACUUGCCACCGGUGCGACGAAUCAGAAUGAUGUGGUAGGGUUGAUGAUAUUGGUGGGAACAUUUUUUCAACUGUACGAGGUAGUUGAUGAUCCUUGUUUUGCUCCAAAGUUGUCAUGGAUUGAAUGCAAUUCUGAUCCCAACCCCAGGGUUAUUGCGCUGAACCUUAGGGACAAGAAGCUGGCUGGAAUUCUCCCUGACUUCAGUAUUAUGACUGCUCUUCAGACCAUUGACUUGUCGGAAAAUGCAUUAAUCGGAAGCAUUCCUCUAUUCCUCGGCAAUUUUGCAGAUCUUCAAAUAUUGAACUUAGCCGAUAACGGCUUCUCCGGAGUAGUGCCCAAUUCACUCUCUUGCAAAAAGGACUUGAAUUUGAUCCUAAGAGGUAAUCCUGACUUAGACAAGUCGAAUUCAUGCUCGACUUCAUCUAACAACAACAACAACAACGUUGUUCCCUCUCCUUGGAGAGACAACGAUAGCAGCAACAAUGCCGGCGUUGACUUUGAUGUCCCGACGAAAAGAUCAAAGCCGAAAAAGAAAAACAACCGCCUCGCCAUAAUCCUCGGCACGGUAAUCCCCGCCUUCGUCGCAUUAUGGAUCGCCGUCGGAGUCUUUGCCAUACGCCACCACAAGGCUAAAUCUGCUGUUGCCGUUGCUGAGGUUGCUGCCAAUUCAGAAGUGAAAAAUAUGCCAGCGGAGGAGAUGCCCAUUAAGACUACUGCUGGCAAUAAUAUUACUUCACCAUAAUACCUCUUUUUUAAUUUAUGUUAAUUAAUUAAUUAAUUAAUGCAUUCUCUUCAUUUAUUCUUUUUACAUAUAAAAUGCUCUGUACACAUGCCACCACA